UACCAAAACAAAGAGAACGCAGUGAAAACAGAAACGAAAGGAGAGAGGACUCAGAAAAGAGGAAAAAAGCAAAAAUAAAAAUAAAAAUGAAGGCUUUGGGAUGGUGGCUGAUGCUAGUGGGUUCACUUCGCUUAGCCUCCGUUUGGUUCGGCUUCUUCGACAUCUGGGCUCUUAGACUUGCCGUCUUCUCAAAUGCUAUCAUGACUGAAGUUCAUGGAAGGACUUUUGGAGUUUGGACGCUUCUAACUUGCACCCUUUGCUUUCUUUGUGCAUUUAACCUCGAAAAUAAGCCUCUUUAUUUGGCUACCUUCUUAUCAUUCAUCUAUGCCUUAGGUCAUUUCUUGACCGAAUACCUAAUUUAUCAGACAAUGGCAAUUGCGAAUCUGACAACUGUUAGCGUCUUUGCAGGAACAUCGAUAAUAUGGAUGCUGUUGCAGUGGAAUGCUCAUCAACCUAUCCACACAAAGCAUUAUUGAAUAUAGGAUGAUGUGUUUCUCAUUGCUCCCUUUUUUCACUGAUGAAAGCAGAUUUGUCACGAAGAGUUUUCGUAUCGCUGGUUUAGUCCUCUUUAUGCCUAGUUUAUCCAUCGACAUGGGGGAUUGUAGGGCUAUCAAGUUAUUCAAAUUUGCUUACCAUGAAUUUUAUAAUUGUAUGACUAUUUUUUCACGUUUCCUUGCCCCUCAAUAUCUGGUGUUUAGAUUUUUAGAGGUUAUGAUAAAGUUAGGUGUUUUUUGUGGUUUCCCCAAAACAUAAUUUGAGGUGCGAAGUUAAUUUUGGUUUCAAAAGCU